UAAUCACACCUUUACUGUUUUUCUUUGGGUCACAAUGUUUUUGUUUGUCUGUUUCCCCUAUCUGUCCUUUGUGUCUUUGCACGCCUUCCCUCAUGUUUUUGGAUGGAUGGAACGCUCUUCUUCUGUCCCUCCAAUAAGGACUCUUUAAAGGGCCGCCACGUCCAUCUCUCUACCAAGGCGGGCAGCAGGAGCCAAGCCAGUGAGGCAGGAGCUGGUGCUACCACCCCUGAGCCUGAAAGCAUAGCGGAGCGGUCAGAGAAGGAGGCUGGGGGGGAGUUAAGUGAGGUGGAGAAAAGGGAAGAUGGAAAUAAAAAGAGAGCAGAGAGAGAAAAGGUGGAGAAUGAGAGAAAGGAUGAGACAAAAGCAGUGAAGCAAGAUGAUUUAGGGAAAGAAGUGGAAAAGGAAGAAGGGGAGGAGCGUAUAAAACUGAGUAUAAGCGAUGAGGUAGAGGAGGAGUUCUGUGUCGGUGAAGCUGAAGAAGUUUCAGGGAGGACGAGUCCCAGCAGUGGGCAGAAAAGGAGCGAACGAAAUGAAAAGGACAUUAAUGAGGAGAUGGAAAGACGUGUUGAGAGCCAGAAUGAUGAAAGCAAGGAUGUAGUGGAUGAGAGGGAAGGAGAGAAAGACGCAGACGAGCCAGAAAUCGAGGAGGACAUUUCAGAAGAAGGUCUGAACUCUAACCAGGAUGGUUUUGAAAAUGAGGAGAUGGAGAAACCGGAGAUGGAGAGAAACCUGAAUGAUGAAUCCCAGGGUGAGAAUGGGAAGGAAGAGGAAGGAAAGAACCAUGAAAGGAUGCAGAAAGCUUACGAGGAGGGCGAGAGUGGCGAGGCUCUGGAAGGAUGUUCAAUAAGCCACCGAAAAUUUACAGAGACUCCAGAGGAGGUGUCAGAAAGGUUUGUUCAGAGCGAAGGUGAAGGGAUGUGGAAGGAAGGGGUGAAGAUAGAAGAUGAGUCAGGAGGCCGAGCUCCAUCAGGAGCAUCGGAGAGUGAAGAGGAAGCCGUUGAAGUGUUUAAAGCAGGGCCGUCUGACGCCCAGCCAGCCGGGCUAGGAGAGAAAACAGAGGAGCUCAAUAAAAAUGUUGCGGGAAUUUCUUCCUCCCUGGAUCAAAAGAAAGUUCUAGACAUCAACGAUGCGUCAGACACAAUCAGUCCGCUGGAGAAAGAUGAGAGAGACGAACUGGGACAAGAUAAAGAUGGGAAGAGAAACGCCGAGACCUCAAACAGUCUCUUUAGCCUGCCGCCGUCUGAGGACAAAGAGCAGCCGACUGCUCAUAAAGCUGAUCGACUUGUCCUCCACCUGUCCAGCCCGUCGUUAUCCAGCUCCUCGGACCCAGAGCAAAGAUCCCCCAAACGGCCCCAAGCACAAAUCAUCGACGUGUCUCUGGAGCUGCAGAGACCUGAAACCUCCAGAGGUCGGCCUCAUCCAACGUUAGAGGCCCGGGUUGGAAGCACAGAACCCACCUCAAACAAACAAGGAAGCGCACCGGAAGAGAACGAAGGCUGGAAAACUCGGAUGGCGAAAGAAAAGGAGAAAGAGAAGAUGAUGGCAGAGAGAGAGGAGAGGAGUAAGAGACAGAGAGAGGAGCAGGCGGGAGAGGAAAACGAGCGACUGAAAAGAGAGGUUGAACAAGCGCUGGAGGAAGAGAGGGAGCGUUUGUUGAAAGAAAAGGAGAAGAAGAUGCGUCUCCUUCAGGAGGAACUGAGGAGGGAAGAGGAGGAGGAGGAAAGGAAGCUGAGAGAGGAAAGUGAAAGAAAACUGAGGGAGCUACGGGAGAAUCUGAGGGCCAAGAGAGGAGAGGAGGAGACCCGGCUGAAGGAGGAGGCUGAGAAAGCUCUGGAGGAGCUGAAAGGGUCUGUCAGGGAGGAAAGAGAGCAGCAGCAGCAGAAACUCAGGGAUGAGAGCGAGGCGAUAAUAAAGGAGCUUCGCAUCGCGCUGGAGGAGGAGCGAGCAGCGGCACGGGGCAGACUGGAGGCGCAGAAGAAGCAGGACAUCCAGCGUCUGCAGGCGGAGUCCGAGGAGGAGCUGGAGGCCACCAAGAAGAGGCUGGAGAGGGAGAGGGAGGAGAAACUGAACACUCUUAAACAGGAGGUCAGCAUGACAGAGAGGAGGAGGGAGCUGAUAGUGAGUCCACGACCUGAACACCAGCUGGCAGAAUACCACAGAGAGCUCACCGAUGUGCUGCAGGAGGUCCGGGACCAGGUGCAGCGGGAACACGAGAGGAAGCUGGAGCAGCUGAAGGACGACCACCGGAGGGAGAUGAACGACAUCAGAGAGAAAUAUCUGGAAGAGGAGGCAGCUCAGAGGGAGCGGUUGCUGUCGACGCUACAGGAGGACAGAGAGCGCCUCCAGGCGUCACAUGACCUCCAGCUGGAGAAACUCCGCCUGCAGCUGGACGGACAGAUACAAAAGGCUCAGCUCGCUCAUUCCCGCAAGGAGUCGGAGCUGCAGGAUCUGGCAGACAGGUUGGAGCUGAGAGAGAAAGAGCUGAGGAGCCAGGAUGCGUUGCUGCAAACUAAGGCUGCAGAUCUCCAUAGGAGGAGGAAGAAGCUCGGAGAAGAGGAGGAAGGAUUAGACAUGCAGAUAAAGACUUUGCCUGUUAUCGUCCGGGAGAGAGAUCAGUUGAAGGAGGAGCUGCAGAGGCUGAGGGAGGAGGUGACACAAGCCCGGGAAGUCUCCCACAGAGCCAGGGAGGAGAGGGAUGAGGCCAAGAGUCAGAGGCAGAGGAUGAAAGAAGAGAGAGACAGAGCCAGGGAGGACAAGGGCCGGCUGGAGAGCAAGGUGGCGCUGCUGCAGGAGAGAUGCGACACUCUCGCCUACAAAAUCAGUGAGCUGGAGAAAACUAAAGAUGACAGAAAGAGAGCAGAGAAAGCAACGGCUUCCCCCGACGACAGGAUCGAUUCCUCGCUACACGUGGAGGAGCUGGACGACUCGCCCCUCUCCCCCGUACCUGACAGCCACAGCAGCAUCGACGAGUUCCGGGAGUACGUCUCCUCCCACGGCGCCUCCAUCCAGAGGACCAAGCAGUUCCUGGAGAGGGAGAGCCGCCGGGUGAUGGAGAGGCAGGCAGCUCUGCAGGCAGCCCAGAGCACCGGCCAGGACCCGGGCCUCAGAGGAGCAACCGAGGAGAGCAGGAGAACCCUGCAGCAGGAGGCCAGAGAUGUGGCGGAGCUGCAGCGGACGGUUCAGAGAGGAACCUCCCUGCUGCGCAGGAAAGAGGAGCAGCUUCAGCAGCUGGAGAGCUCCAUGGCCCAGGAGGUCAUGGCUGAGGAUUCAUCCCGCCUUAAUGGAGACAGGAAGGUGACGUUCGACGUAACCGAAUCGGACAUCAGCAGCACCGUGGAGCCGUCGGCCGGAACAGGUCAUCCCACCGUCCCGGCCAAAGUCCAGCAGCUGGCGGAGUCGCUGCAGCACAUCUCCGGCCAGCUCAACGGUGUUCUGAGCGCCCUGGGCACUUUGGCCCAGAGGGACAGCAGCUCUCUGUACUCCACGCCUCAGAGGUUUGGGUCAGAGGCGUGGGGCCCGCCUGAGAGGCUCUGGAGCUGGGGGCCUCAGAGCGGCUCCACAGCCGCCCCUCUCUUCAGCACCCCCAUCAGCAGUGGGCUGACCUCAGCAGACCCACUGAACAGCAGAUGGAGCCAGAUAUUCCCUGGAGCAGCUGCUGACCCAAUCUCCUCCAGAACCACCUCAUCUUAUCCAUCAUACCCUCCCAUCAGCGAGCAUCGGCGCGGCCAUCAGGCGACGCAGAACGCCGUGGAGCUGGACGGCCACAGGCUGCAGGGGCUGAUUGACAGCAACAAGAAGUGGCUGAACACGCGCAGGAAAGACCCCAGCAUACCUCUGUUCACUCGCUACCAACCUGCUUCCUCUAAGAGCGGACUGAUCCAGCUGGGCCUGGAUGACAACAACCAGAUCAGAGUCUAUCAUUACUGAGCUUCUCUGUUAGGUUCAGGUGGCUGUCUAGGAAAUGAUAAACAAAGAUGUCUGAAUUUGUAAAUCAAAAUUAGAAAACUACAGAUAAACAGACCAAAGAUGAAGCUCUUACACUCCUUGCCAGUUAUUGGCACUAAUGCAGCUGGAGGAUGUUCACUUUCAUCCUUCAAAACAAGAAAACAGAACCAUUGAUUGAACAUUAUCCUUACUGAAAUGUUGUAAUCAGUGCAUUAAAGGUAUAAUUUUCAAAUAAUUUCUUUUCUUCCACUCAUUUAAAGGUGGUUGCCACCUUUAAAUGGGAAGGAAUUGUUGAUUAAUACUGUAUAGUAGCUGUAACUUUAUAACCUGUAUUCUCACAGAUGAAACAUCUCAUGUUGAAUGAGUGAAAAACAAGGAACAAACCAAAUCUUAUUCAUGUUAUUGACUUUUAUUUACAAAUUCAGACAUGAUAGGUUUUUAUUGAUUAUCUUAGCGUGUAGAAAUGACCCACGGCUGUCUGGGAGCACUGAUGUUUACAUGGGCAGCCUCAACGUCUUCAGGGAUUUACCGCCGCCUUUGCUACGUUUACAUUAAGGCAACUCUGCACGUUAUCUUUGUCUUUACACCGUUUUUAUACGAGCACUUAUUUAAAUGUUUUUAAGGAUUUAACUUUGUGUGCAAAUGUUUUUCAAAUUAUAUUU